UCCCAAAUGCCAAAUUCACAUAGCAAAGCUCAUGCUUGCUGUUAAUCACUAGCGUCCUCUGGUAGCUCUCGCCGUGCAUGCACCCCCCCCCUCCCCCACACCAGCUGUCCACCUAACCUUGUCACCCACACGUACGCGUUGCGAACCCUAGCGCGGGCGCUCAAAGCCAUGGACACGCCGCGGCUGCGGUCACCACGUCCACCUCAACUGUCCAGGCCAGCCCCGCCCCCGCCUCUCCCUCCCCCACCGCCGCCCCUCUCCGCCGCCACCUCCCCCUCCCACGACGGCUUCUCCUCCUUCCCCUCUCCCUUCGGCGGCCACCUCCCCCCUCUCCCCAUGUCCCGCACCCCCGUCGGCCGCGUCGGCAGCGAUCUCAGCCACCUCAACCACGCCAGAACAAGCCACCAUCACGCCACCACGAGUAGCAAGGACAAGGACAGGGAUAGGGCCAAGAACAAGGCCUCGCCUUUCUUCUUCUCAGGCCUCGGCGCCGCGUGGAGAAAGGAGAACACCAUCAAUACCAGCAGCAGCGACGCCGCGGGAAAGCAGCAGGCUGAGGACAAGAGGAAGGAUAAGGCGAAGCGAGCGCUUGACUUGGGCCAGCGGGUAAAGAGGCACAUGGCGUCCAUGGUGGAGCAGCUGUGCGCCUCCUUCUCCCGGAAGUCGGAGAGGGAGAGGCGGGAGCAGCGGCGCCGGCCGCACUCGUUCUCGGGGCACGGCCCGGGCGCCGCGAGGGAGAUGAGGGAGCGGGAGCGGUGGAGGCGGCGGUGCGGGCAGCUGUCGUCGGCGCCGGCGUCGCUGCGGGUGUCGCCGGCGAACAGCGGGCACCUGUCGGUGGGCGGGUCGGUGAAGGUGUCGACGUCGUCGGAGGAGAGCACCAUGGAGGAGCUGCAGAGCGCCAUCGAGGCCGCCAUCGCGCACUGCAAGAACUCCAUCUCCGUGGCCAAGCAGACGGCGGCCGGGGACGGCAACAAGCUUCAGUAAACCGUAGUUAGUAGGGGCGGCGGCGCUCGUGCGACGUAUGUGCUGGCUCAACGUACGUGUGGCUUAUGAUCGAGCUUUGGAUCGGAGAUCAGAAUUCCGGAAGCUGAGCGGCCGGGAUUAGGUUCGAUCACACGCAAGGGCAUGUAAAUUAAGAUACGGAAGAACAGAUGAAAUUAAAGCAGUAUACAGAUAUAUAGUGUAUUUUUCAAAACCUCGAAAUUUGUUGUGAGCGCCUUUAUUUUCUUGUGUUUGUACUUCGCCAUCCUAUAAGUAAAUUUUUUAGCCACUCCUGGCUGACGAUGGUGA